ACCUGUAAAUGAAACUUGGAUUCCAAUCUGUAUUGUCUUAGAACACAGCAAUCCGCUAUAAAAGUGCUUAAUCACUUGAGAAACCCCCAAUCCCGAAAUACACCCAAACUUCACUCACAACAUCAUGAUCUAUUUCUCCAUUGCUCUCGAUAUGUGUCUUUCCAUCAAAUAAGGUGUAGCACACACACCUUGUAUUCUUUCCAAAAUAGUGUAGAACGGAGAAACACUUCACUUGUGUGAAACGAGAGAAAACUUUCAUGUGACGGGAAUAACAUUUUUUGCUAUUUCUAGUCAAUAAUGCAAUGACAUGUGUAAUAACUUUUUCAUGUGUCAUUGUCCUAUUAGUUGAGUAUAGCAAAACAGUGCUAUCUCCGUAACAAGUAAAAUUUUCAGGUGAAACUUGAGUUAUAUCCGGCCAAUCCCGAUAUGCCGUACUUAAUAACUUUGUCAGCCCAUAGUUUUUCUGAGCAGUGUUGAGGCUUGAGGAAUGGUUGGCAGCAACAGCCCAACCUCUCUUGAUGACGUGGCCAAGUAAGAGAAGAGCCACACAAUACGAGUAGAGGUGGUUUAGAAGGUCUUCAAAUAUUUUGGUCGUCGUAGUAAGAAACUAUAUUUUAUGUUUGCCAAGCAGCCACUCAAAAAUACUGCAACAAAUUAAUCCUAAUCCAUAUAAUUAAAGAAAAUGGCGGAUCCAAAAGAAAUUACCAACAAAAAGCUUCAAGGCAAGGUCGCGAUCGUCACCGGCGGAGCCAGCGGCAUCGGCGAAGCCACCGCGCGCAAAUUCGCCUUGCACGGGGUACGCGCCGUCGUGAUCGCGGACGUCCAGGACGAGAAAGGCCAAAACGUCGCCGCAUCGAUCGGUUCCGACUGCUCCACCUACAUCCACUGCGACGUGACCGACGAGGACCAAGUCAAGAGCUUGAUCGAAUCGACGGUCAGGAUUUACGGCCGCCUCGACAUCAUGUUCAGCAACGCUGGCAUCGGCAGCGCCGGCGAGCAGACCGUUUUGGACCUGGACCUGGCCAUGUACGACAGGGUCAUGGCGGUCAACGCCCGCGGAAUGGCGGCGAGUGUGAAGCACGCGGCGAGGGCGAUGGUAGAGGGGCGCGUGAGGGGGAGCAUCGUGUGCACGGCGAGUGCGACGGCGAGCAUGGGGUCGGCGAAGUUCGCGGACUACACAAUGUCGAAGCACGCCGUUUUGGGGCUGAUGAGGUCGGCGAGUGUGCAGUUGGGCGCGUACGGGAUACGCGUCAACUGCGUGUCCCCAGGGAGCGUGACGACGCCGCUGCUGCGGUCGACUUUUAAGGUGGGUGCGGUGGCGGAGGAGGAGGAUGUGGGGAGGUUGGUGGAGUCAAGUUUGAGGUUGAAAAUAGGGAAGAUGAUGUCUGUGGAGAAUAUAGCUGACGGCGUCGUCUUUUUGGCUUCUGACGACUCUGAAUUUGUCACCGGCCAUAAUUUGGCUGUGGAUGGUGGGUUUAUUAGUAGGAUAUCCUGAAGAUUACAGACUCAAGAUCCGAAAGUUGGACAUUCCUCA